GCUGCCAUGGCGGCGGCAGAUGUCGAGUCCUCGCUGGAGCUGAGCCUGACGGGCUCCGGGGCGCUCCCCGGCGCGCUGCCCCCCGCCCGCUCGCGCAUCUUCAAGAUCAUCGUCAUCGGCGACUCCAACGUGGGCAAGACGUGCCUCACCUACCGCUUCUGCGCCGGUCGCUUCCCGCAGCGCACCGAGGCCACCAUCGGCGUGGACUUCCGCGAGCGGGCCGUCACCAUCGACGGAGAGCGCAUCAAGAUCCAGCUAUGGGAUACUGCAGGCCAGGAGCGCUUCAGGAAGAGCAUGGUGCAGCACUACUACAGGAAUGUACACGCUGUGGUGUUCGUGUAUGACAUGACAAACCUUGCCAGUUUCCACAGCCUGCCGUCCUGGAUAGAGGAGUGCAAACAGCACCUCCUUGCCAAUGACAUCCCACGGAUUCUGGUUGGAAAUAAGUGUGACCUGAGAAGUGCUAUUCAGGUGCCCACGGACCUGGCCCAGAAGUUUGCUGACACUCACAGCAUGCCACUGUUUGAAACCUCUGCCAAGAACCCCAAUGACAAUGACCAUGUGGAGGCUAUUUUCAUGACACUGGCUCACAAGCUUAAAAGUCACAAGCCAUUAAUGCUUAGUCAACCCCCAGAUCAUGAUGAAAUACAUAUAAAGCCUGAACCAAAACCUAUCACAUCCUGCUGGUGUUAGGUCUCAUUGUCACUGGCUCUCACCUUGUCUUGUUUGCAAGUGCUUCAAAAUUAUGAUCUUGGCAAAGUUCCAGAUUUUGGUAGCAAUUAUAGCAAAUCUCUUUGGCACUUUAAUGUGGUUUUUUUUUUUUUUUUUUUAAUUUUUCCAGUGUAGAUGUGCCCAUCCUAUGCUCUUGCACUUUGUAAUUGUACUUUCUGAAUUGCUAAAGUUUCACUAUGAAUAUAUGGGAACAUAUUCUCUUUGUCAAGUUUUGACAAAGCAAUUUUAGUUGAGCUCUUGCUGCCUGAGGUUGUUCUCAUCACUUGAAUAAGAUUAUAAAUAGUAGGCCAGUUUACUAAUACUUUUGGUUGCUACUUGCAUUGGAAUAAUGUAGGAGAAAGAGCCUUUCCUGUCAACCAGGGAACUUGGGGUUUGGGUCAGCAAGUGGGGAGAUUUAUGGCAUAUGAAGGAAUAUUAGGUGACUACUGGCAAAUUAGAAAGCAGGUACCUUUUUAUUAUAAAAGCAAAAAAAACAGGUCUGUCAAAGUUUGGGCUGCCAGUGUUGGUGCAAAUUUUGGCCUGUCAUUCCACUAUGAACUUGGUCUGUUUCUUCAUGGCAGUGGUGAUGGAAUUGACCAACUUCUCCCUACCUUUAGACAGUCAUUAGAUACUUAAAACUUCAUUAAUUUUUCAUAAUCAGCAUGUGAUACCAAACUAUGUUAUGUUUCACCCAUGUUGUGGAAAAUACUGUAGCACAGGAUUUAGGGUAAAAUUGGUACUCUAGCUGUCCAUAAGUUCUCUGAUCUUACUAAAAUUAAAGUAUAUAUUUCUGAA